GGCCCACAGAGAGAAUGGCGUGAUUGCCUCUCCUCCUCUCCUCUCCUCCUCUCCUCCUCUCCUCUUCUCUCCUCUCCUUUCUCCCCACCCGGCACGUAUCUCAGGUGGAAUUAUGAAUCUUAUUCCAGGUCUGUCGGGGUUCUCCACCAUGUUCGGGAAGAAGAAGAAGCGCCUGGAGAUCUCGGCGCCCUCCAACUUCGAGCACCGGGUGCACACGGGCUUCGACCCGCGCGAGCAGAAGUUCACGGGCCUGCCGCAGCAGUGGCAGAGUCUGCUGGCUGACACCGCCAACCGGCCCAAGCCCAUGGUGGACCCGUCCUUCAUCACGCCCAUCCAGCUCGCACCCAUGAAGAUAUCCCCCAAGAAAACGCGGUCGUCCGAAUCCCCAUCGCGAAAAACGAUUGUUCGUGGGAGCCGGCCGCCCAAGGACGCCUCCAUUAACGGCCUGCUGGAGGAGUUUGACAGCAUCUCGGUGACGCGCUCCAACUCGUUACGCAAGGAGAGUCCACCGGGGGCGCUGCAGACAGCUGGGGGGGCAGGCGGCAGCGGCAAGCCGCCCCUGUCCUCCGCCUCGGGCCUGGGGUCCAAAUCGGGCGGCCCCGGGGGCCCCGAGGAGAACGGCUUCAGCCACUACUACGCCCGCUACUCCUGCGACCUGGACGGCAGCCGGGACUUCUCGCUGGAGCCGUACCGGGACAAAGGCAGCGGCGGCGGCGGCGGCGUCUACGCCUACGACUACACCAGCGGCGCCGGUGCCGACUGGCCCGUGGGCCGCCACUACCGGCAUUUCCCGGCCAAGCAGAACGGGCACCCGCUGCCCAUGCCGGGCCUGAUGGCGCCGCUCCACCACCCCAUCCGCAGCCCGUUCUACCCGGACGCCAUGCCCCAGAAGAGCUCCGAGUUCGCCAAGCUGCCGCCCGACUACCACGCCUACCUGGAGUCCAAGGUGCGCCUCUCUGCGUCUGCCGGCGACGGGCCCAGCUCGGGGUCAGGGUCGGCCGGCACCAGGGACUACUACCGCGCCUCGCUGGGCGGCUCGUCGUCCAGCCAGGACUACCGGGAGGUGCCGAUGGGCACGCCAUCGCGCGCCUCUCUGCACAGCGACCAGCUGGGCUACGGCUGCAGCGAGGGCGGCAGCGACUGGGGGGGGGAUGGGGACGAGUUUGAGCGGCGGCCCAAGUCGUCGUACGUGACGCAGAGUAGCCCACAGCCAACCAUUCGUCAGCGGUCCCGGUCAGGGUCCGGACUGCAGGACCCAAGCGGACCCCCCCACUCCACCAGCGCCUUCAAGGUGGCCCCCCAGGCACACCCUUACAGCUCGUACACUUACCCACGCCUGUCCGAGACCCCCAGCACAGCGCAGGCCAUGGCCAAGGACUACGAGCGCUCGGUGCGUGACGGCAGCCCACAGGGUCCCGGGGGCGACACCUACCCCCGGGGUUCCCUCAAACUACCUCAGGGUCCGCCACGGCCCGGCUACCCGCCCUCUGGUCUGCCCCCCCACCAGCACCCGCCGCCCCCCUCACACUACAGCAAGCCCCCCCCUUCAUCCUCCUCCUCCUCCUCGGCCGCCGCCUCGGCCGCCCUGUCCUCCUACCACCACCACCACCACGCCCCUGCCCAGCCCAGCCCGCCGUACACCCCCCAGGGGCCGCUGUCCCAGCCCACGUCCCCUUACAUCCCUCCGGGGGCCUACCCGCCGCCCAGCUGGGGGUCCUGCUCGGAGCAGCCGCCCUCGCGGGUCUCGCACGAGCAGUUCCGCGCCGCGCUGCAGCUGGUGGUCAACCCGGGCGACCCGCGCGAGUACCUGGACAACUUCCUGAAGAUCGGCGAGGGCUCCACGGGCAUCGUCUGCAUCGCCACCGAGAGGCACACAGGCAAGCAGGUGGCCGUCAAGAAGAUGGACCUGCGCAAGCAGCAGAGACGGGAGCUGCUCUUCAACGAGGUGGUGAUCAUGAGGGACUAUCACCAUGAGAACGUGGUGGACAUGUACAACAGCUACCUAGUGGGAGACGAGCUUUGGGUCGUCAUGGAGUUUCUGGAGGGAGGAGCUUUGACUGACAUUGUGACUCAUACCAGGAUGAACGAGGAGCAGAUAGCCACGGUGUGUGUGUCGGUGCUGAGAGCCUUGUCUUACCUCCACAAUCAGGGCGUCAUACACAGGGACAUCAAGAGCGAUUCCAUACUACUCACCAGCGAUGGCAGGAUAAAGCUGUCUGACUUUGGCUUCUGUGCACAAGUGUCCAAAGAGGUGCCCAAGAGGAAGUCCCUGGUGGGAACGCCAUAUUGGAUGGCUCCAGAGGUCAUCUCAAGGUUACCCUACGGAACUGAGGUGGACAUCUGGUCUCUGGGGAUCAUGGUGAUUGAGAUGGUGGACGGUGAGCCCCCCUAUUUCAACGAGCCCCCCCUGCAGGCCAUGAGGAGGAUACGUGACAACCUGCCUCCCCGGCUCAAGGAGUCCCACAAGGUGUCGUCGGUGCUGCGGGCCUUCCUGGACCUGAUGCUGGUGCGGGAGCCGUCCCAGAGGGCCACGGCCCAGGAGCUGCUGCUGCACCCCUUCCUCAAGCUCUCGGGCCCACCCUCCUGCAUCGUGCCCCUCAUGCGCCACUACCGCCACCGCUGAGACGCCUAGCAGCCUCCCGCCAGCAGGGCGGCGCUCUUCAACACCCUCCCAGCUCACUCACUCGUGCACACACACACACACACACAAACACACACACACACACGCACAUACACACACAUACACUUGCACACUCUCACCAAGAGAAGACCUGAGAGAGACUUUUGAAACCAACGAUGUGUAACCCCCGGCCCCGCGAUCGGGGAUUAUUUAAUACAUAAAGACACUGACACCUGUAACCGUAUGUAGUUUAGACAGAAGUGAAAUUAACAAGUAAACACAAGAACAAAAGCUUAUAUUAAUGCAAACCGAAAAAAAAGGGUGGAAACACUAAAGGUGGAGGUGCCGGAGGUCGGAAGUCGGAGGCUGCGGAGUUGUGUUGCUCCAGCCGAAACAGAACAGUCUGGCGCUUUCUUCGAGUCUUUGAGAGACAGUUUGAUGUUAGCGUUAAACACAUGUAGCGUCUGCAGUCCGUAUGAGUGGUCGCCAGGUGUGUGUCGUUUUUUUUUUCUUUUUUCUCUGUCUAGGCUGUGCCGUGUGUGCUCACUCCCUGAGUAGACCAAUCGUAGCUUCCAAAUAGAGCCGAGGGAGAGGGGCUAGCAACCAGCUAAGCCAAUGAAACAAAAGGACUGCGAGGCAUGGGUUCCGGUGUCAGAACCAAGGAGAUUCCAGAAGUAAGGGAACCCUUAAGAGAACCAGCAGAGAUGUCUGUGAUGGAUUUUUACACACUGUUCAGGACGCAAGGCUGUUACUACAGGUGGGGAGGGCUACAUGAAAAACCUUCGCUUUUUCACCCUCUCUUCUCAAACUUAUCAAUGGGAAAAAAAAAACAAACAAACGUAUUUUAGAGGAAAAUUGUAAAAGUUUUUUCUGUACAGUUUUUUAUAAUCUGCAGUAUUUUGUGGUGACGUAAGCGUUGUCAUAUACAGGGCAGUGUUAUAGCGCUCGAGAAUAUCUGCCACUAAUAUUUCCUACUGUUUAUAUAUAAUCCUAAUUUUUUGACAAAGAAAAAAAAUGAAAAUAUUCUCAUUCUAAAAAAGACCCCAUCCUGAACUGUUCAAAGAAACAUAUUUAUUUAUUUUGAAUUUGUAGACAAAGCCUUCCCGCGGACAUGACGAGAAAAGGGUUAUUAACUUGGCAGACUUUUGUAUACCAUUUUGAAGUAUUUAUUUAUUUUUCUGGAACUGGAGGUUUAUUUUUCUGUAGUGUGGCCUUUUUUUCAUUUCACUUUUCAUUUGUUUGUGUAUUUAUUCUUUGGGUUUUUUGUUUUGUUGAGGGUUUUUUUUUUAACCUUAUGAGCAGUGAUGUUAGUCACACAAGCAAUACCCCUUAAUACUUCUAUGGUACAGUAUGUAUGUCAGUAUAAUCACAUGUAAUUGACAAGGUUGAGGAUAGAAUGCAAAAGGCAUCCACCCGAUCUCUUACACACUACCUACCAGGUGCGGUCCGACUGACGGACUCUUGAUCUGGCCCUGAUCUGGCUCUGAUCCGGCUUGGAUGAGGCUCAGAUGUGGCUUUGAAGGGCCUGAUUGAUGUAAGGGUUAAUUUCCAUCUGGAAUCAUCACAACACUUUCAUCUUCAAACAUUUUUAGCAAUACACACACACACAGACACACACAGACACACACACACACACACACACACACACACACACACACACACACACACACACACACAC